UCAUCUAGUAAUUUGACUUCAGCAGAAAUUCUUGGAGUAGUUCUUAGUGUAAAGCUGGGAAGAAAUGAAAAUGGCAGUUGCCGUUCACAGGUUCUGCCAGUGGUUUAAGCGAUGCAGCCAAAGGAAGAAGCAGGUUUUACUGGUGUUUAUUUUAUUUCUCCUUUUAUUUUGAGCCCAUGAAAACUGAUGAUGUGACACUGCCAGGAGCAGCUGAAACCCUGGCUAUAGAGCAAGGUAAUCUGUUACCAAGGCUGGAUGCACCAAAUGUGAUCCGACAGGAAGUCAUUCCAGGGUACGCUGGAUUCAUCCCCCGCCUCACCUGGAUUAAUGGCACAAACUACAUCCAGGGUGUGAAGGAAGCAGUGGACGGGUUUGGCUUGUUCCAAUUUUUGCAGAGAAACCCAGCUUGCAGCUUUGGGAAGAGAUUCCCCCAGACGUACUGGCCAAACAACAAAGUUUACACCAGUGCUGGACUGGUACCUUCCUACAAAGGCUUUAUACCAGACCUCUGACACACCCGCAUGCUUACGUUUGGAAACGGCCCCCAAAAACCUUACCAAAAGGAACAAAGGAGACUAGCUUCUGCACUGUGAAAAAUGCUUUAAUGGUGCCUGUACAGCAUUUGAAGUGACUGAGACAGGAACACAACACAAAGAGAAAUUUUGAAUGGAAGAGUUCAUACAGCUUUAAACAAAAGUGUUCAACAGGAACACAACACAGAGAAAUUUUGAAUGGAAGAGUUCAUACAGCUUUAAACAAAAGUGUUCAACAGGAACACAACACAGAGAAAUUUUGAAUGGAAGAGUUCAUACAGCUUUAAACAAAAUUUA